AUGCAGGUCUCAGAGCCAAUCCUGAACAGCGGUGUCAGGGGUUUGUCGCUGAAAGAGGUUGAGGCUGUUCGAGACGACUUCAUAGCCGCAGCGCAGCGAGCUGAAGCUGCAGGUUUCGACGGCGUGGAGGUGCACUCAGCCUUUGGAUGGAUUCCCAUGCAGUUCCUCUCGCCUCUCUUCAAUCACCGAACAGACAAGUACGGAGGCUCGCUCGAGAACCGAUCGCGGUUCCUCUUCGAAGUCAUUAGAGGCAUCCGCCAAAACUGUAAGCCGGACUUCCAGAUAGGUCUGCGCGUGUCUCUCGAGAGAUAUGGCGUCCCGUUGACAGAGAUGCAUGAGGUACUUGCGAAGGCGGUCAGGGAAGAGGAGAUUGACUACUUGGACCUGGCGGUCUGGGACUGGAAGAAGGUGACCCAAGAGACACCCUUUCAAGGGAAGACCUUUUUGAGUAUCUUCAUGGAUCUUCCUCGAUCAUCAGUGCGCAUUGGGGCGUCUGGGAAGAUAAUGGAUCUCCAAGAGGCCGUUACUGUUCUGGAGGGGGGCUGCGACUUUGUCAUGUUCGGCAGGGCAGCCAUCCUUGAGCACGACUUUCCAAAGCGAUUGGAGGAGAACUCAGAACAUCGGUCACCGUCAUUGCCAGUUAGUGAAGCAUACCUCAAGGCUCAAGGAUUGAGCGACAGCUUUGUGAAAUACAUGAAGACCUGGGAAGGGUUCGUCGAGGAGGACAGAUCCUAA